CGCCGCCGCCCCACCUGCCUCCACCGUCCCCAGCGCUCCGAACGCUGUGCCUGCGGGCGGCCCAACAGCGGUGGGGCCGGGAUGGAGCGGCUGCAGGUGGACGCGGCGGCCCUGGAGGAGUACGCGGAAUACCGGCGAAUUGUAGGUGAUGAUGAUGGAGGAAAGCUCUUUACACCUGAGGAAUAUGAAGAGUACAAAAGAAAAGUAUUGCCAGCUCGGUUACAGAACAGGUUGUAUGUGAGCUGGAGAUCACCAACUGGCAUGGAUUGCAAACUUGUGGGACCAGAGACACAGUGUUUCUGUACUCACAGGUAUAAACAACACAAAACGGACUAUGAAGUGCUUCCCAAAGACCGUCCUAUUUGUGUGCCUUGUAGAGUGAGCCGUUGUCCGUGCCAGUCCUAUCACUAUGUCCCUCUAAAUGGCACACAGCCCAUCCGCUGUAGAUGCAAACACUUUGCUGAGCAGCACAGUGCAGCACCUGGAUUUUCAUGUAAAUCAUGUUCCAGGUGCUCAGGCUUUCAUAGCUGCUUUACCUGUGCAUGUGGUCAGCCAGCAUAUGCUCAUGAAACAGUUGUGGAAACUAAACAAGAGCGCUUAGCCCGAGGAAAGCCUGUGGGGCAGGACGUUCCUUAUGCUGCUAUGGGAGGACUGACUGGCUUUAGUUCUCUAGCUGAAGGCUACAUGAGACUUGAUGACAGUGGAAUAGGGGCUCCUUCUGCUGAACUUCUAGAGUCUCCUGUUACUGGCUUGGAUCAUCCAUUUCUGCGAGCAUUUGGGGGACCUUCUGGUUCUCCUCAAACCAUCUCACAGAUAACAGGUGGUUCUAGUGUCACAAGGCAAAUUUCUCCUGGAAAGCAUUCAGAAGAUGAUGACAUGGCUUAUUUUGAGAAACGUUAUCAGGAACAACUCAAAAAGGAGAAGGCUGCUAAACGGAAAGAAAAAAGUCCAGCACCACCAAAGAAGCCAUGAGAUUAAUAAAGAAAUACUACUUGGCACAGGGUUAGUUGUUGUUGAGGAGUAUUUUCUUUUCACUGCAUGCCUGCAUAUCUUAAUUUCUUUUUUUUCCCCUGUUCUUUUGAUCUGCUGCUGGAAUUAUUUUUUUAUUAUCUUGUAAUAAAAUUGGCACUUUAAUUAAGGCAUUUCUAAUCUCCAGAAGUAUUACAUAGGUAUUCCUUUGAGAAGGGAAAAUCAUAUUUAGAGAUUUUCAGAACUGUUACUUAAGAUCUGAGAGAAUAACUAUAUAUUUAAAUUAGUAUAUUGUAGUAGGGCAAAGAAAAUAUAUGCCUUAAUCUUUUAUGAUGCACUUUAUUUUUAGAGUCCCUAGAAGUCAUCUUUUUAAUGGAUUUUUACUUGAUGAGAUUUGUUGUGUUACACUGACAUUUUAACCUAUAAUUAUUUCUUUUCUGUUGGUUUCAUUGCCUUUACUUGAAAUUCAAACAUACUCUUCUUCUGUCAUGCUUCUCUAGACUGCUCUUGCCCAUGUAGGAUAUUUUUAUGUGUGAAAUUCUGUAUGCCUGUAGACCCAUUUCCACAUGUACUUGCUAGCUACUUGAAGGGAUCCUGCUUGUAGAUUUUAUUCCAGAUUUCUGUAAUGAUUAGAUUCUCCCAGUUCUGUUUGUAUCAUGCUGUCCAUGGCAGUGAUUCCAUCACAGUAAACUCCUGAAAACAUUAAGUGGAAACAGAUAUGUGCUUCACUGCAUGUAAAUGGAUAAUACGGCAUUGGAUAUUAACAGAUCCACAGAUUCUCUUUCAUCAUGUCUAAUGCAACACAGACUGAGUCCCUCAAGAAGAGCUUUUUGUGUUCUUUGUCCAUAUUCACAGCUGUGGCAACACACGUUGUGUUAAAGGUAGGGGACAGGAAAAGGUACAAUUUGGUAACUUUGUGGGGUGGUUUAAACCCCCAAAGCAGCGCAGCGAGAACUUGGUACAGAAUAACCGUCAGAGGCUGCAUUUUGGGAGGCAAAACCAGAACCUGAGUUAACUUUGUUAGUCUCUUUUGAAAACAGAGAAGCGUAAAUCAGUUUGUCUUCAAAAAAGUGUGGAUUUGCCUCUUAAAUUGAUGACUGUAUAGAAAGGGUGGGAAGAAGAUUACAAAGCUCUGAUUCCUAUCAGAGAGAAAACCUCUAUGUGCCUGAUUGGCAGAGGAAGGGAGGGGAAGUUGAAUGCAUUUGGUGCAGAGCAAUUUGUUUGUUUGUUCAGAUAUCAGCUGUGGGAGGGAAGAAGAGUUACUAGGAGUGCAUGCAAAUGGUACAGUGACCAUUUGAGGCAGCUGGAAUCCAAGUGACAUGAGAAUGGAACACUUGAUUGCCCAAAUAAAAGUUUCUAAAAAGGCUAAUUUACCUUAACUCUGAAGCUGUUCUGCCAUAACUACAGGUGCCAGAGAGGUCAAUCUGUUACUUCAAGUGCAUAAUAUGUCAAAUGUUUUAAUAGUAACUUUAAAUUCUAUGCUGUUAUAACCUGCUUUACCUUAAUAAAUAAAAAUACUGCUUUGAGCUCCC